CCCCUUUGCUACAAAUAAAAGCCCACACGCUGCCAUGUCGCGUACACCAACAGACGAAGAAGAAGGGAACGUCAAGUACGAUGAGAAGAUCACGGUGGCCGAUGUUGGAGAGGAACUUACCAUUGAGGAUAUUGAUUAUUCAGAGGAGAAGAGGAUCUUGAGAAAGAUUGAUUGGAACCUAAUCCCCGUGUUCGGUGCCCUAUACAUGAUGUCUUUCCUUGAUCGGUCAAACAUUGGUAACGCCAAAUUGACAACGUUCUCUGCCGACCUUGGUCUCGUUGAUAACCAGUUUGGUGCAGCUACGUCAGUAGUUUAUGCUACUUAUGUAGUCUUUGAACCUUUUUGGACCGUUUUGUUGAAGAUGAUCAAGCCUCGCUAUCUGUUGACUGCCACCACCAUAUGUUGGGCCUCCAUCACCAUUGGUAGCGCCUUCAUUAAAAACUAUGACCAGCUACUGGCCGUCCGAAUCCUUUUAGGUGCUUUUGAAGCCGGUAUGAUCCCCUGCACCACCCUUUACUUGACCAUGACCUACAACCGAGACGAAUAUGUUUCUCGACAGACGGUCGUAUUUGUAUUUUCUGCCAUCUCUAGCGCUUUUGGAGGUCUGUUGGCUUUCGGUCUAUCUCAUAUCAAGGGUAACUUGGCUGGCUGGCAAUGGCUUUUCCUUGUUGAAGGUAUCAUUUCCAUGUGUCUCGUUCCUAUCACUUGGUUCCAAAUCCCCAAUGAAGUCACCGAAGCACGAUGGCUCAAACCUCACGAAAAAGAGACUUUAAUUGCUCGAAGGCAGCGCAACAAGAUGACCUACGAUGACAACGAAGAGUUUUCAUGGGGUGCUAUCAUCUCUGUUCUCAAAGACUACCGACUCUACAUUAGUGCCAUCAGUCAUUUUGGUAUCGACAGCACUCUUUAUUCUCUUACGACAUUUGUUCCCAGUCUCUUGGCUGGUCUUGGUUUCACCUCCACCACCGACGCUCAGCUCCUUACUGUUCCUGUAUACGCUGUAGGCGCUAUCGCUUUCAUCUUCUGUGGCCGCAUGUCAGAUAAAACAAAACUUCGAGGACCUUUUAUCGCUGGCUCAUUAUUUUUUGGUGUUAUCGGCUACAUCAUGCUUGCUGUUGCGCCUCAAGUUGGAGUAAGGUAUGCUGCAGUGUUCAUUGCGGCCAUCGCUCUGUACACGACGACAUCUUUGAACGUCUUGUGGGCGGCCGAUAACUUCUCUGGACAUUACCGAAGAGCCUUUGCCAUGGGGUUCAUUCAGCUCGUCGGUAACUCGGCUGGUGCUUGUAUCGGUUUCAUCUUCACUUCUCAGUCCGCUCCUCGGUACUUGAAAGGUAUUUACUAUGAUAUUGGCGUGACCAUCAUGUCAAUAUGCUUCACUUGUAUCCUUAUGUUCAUUGCUUGGACUCGCAAUAAGAAGAAAAGAGAAGCCAUCGCUGCAGGUGCGCCCAACCAGCCAGAGCUGGGAGAUGCCAACCCACACUACAUGUACUUCUUGUAAUCAGUGUAUUAUCAUUGUCUUCUUAAGUGUGAAAAAGUAAUGAGGGAUAUUGGAAAGACGAAGUUACCAUAUUCACUACAGUUAUAGAUGGGUUUGGGAUAUUUGUAUUCCCCUUUUGGCAAUUUGCUGGUAACAGAAAGGGCGAGAAGUCUUGAGUGUAGGAAAUGCGGUUGUAAAAGAAU